CUUGCGGCAGCCGUCGCGGCCGCUGCCAGUCCGUCAGCUGAUUUCCAGCGGCUGCGUUGAGCCCCGGCUCUGAGGGGCGAGCAGGAAGCGGAGCCGGCGAGGGCAGUCGCGGAGGCUGAAGCCGACCUUCUUCCAACAGGAGGAGGAACAGAAAGGCUGCUCCACGCGGCCGAAGCAGGCGUGAAACCAUAAUGGCAGGCAACAGUUUGGUCCUGCCAGUCGUCCUGUGGGGACGCAAAGCUCCUACUCACUGUGUAUCGACUAUACUAUUAAUGGAUGAUGUUUCAAUGAUUGUCACAGGAUGUCAUGAUGGUCAGAUAUGUCUAUGGGACCUCUCUUCAGAUUUAGAAAUAAACCCCAGAGCUCUGUUGUUUGGUCAUACAGCAUCAAUCACUUGCUUAUCCAAAGCCAGUUCUUCAAGUGAAAAGCAGUAUAUAGUGAGUGCAUCUGAAAGUGGAGAAAUGUGCCUUUGGGAUGUGAAUGAUGGAAGGUGCAUUGAAUUUACAAAAUUAGCCUGCACACAUACUGGCAUACAGUUCUAUCAAUUCACAGCUGGGACUCAGCGUGAAGGGAGAUUGUUGUGUCAUGGCCAUUAUCCAGAAAUUCUUGUUGUGGAUGCUACCAGCCUUGAAGUUCUUUAUUCCUUGGUGUCAAAGAUUUCUAAGGACUGGAUCAGUUCUAUGAGCAUUAUUCGAUCUCACAGAACACAAGAGGAUACUGUUGUAGCAGUAUCUGUGGCUGGCAUUCUUAAAGUAUGGAUUGUAACUUCUGAAAUGAGUCACAUGCAGGAUACGGAGCCAAUCUUUGAAGAGGAAUCUAAACCAAUUUACUGUCAGAACUGCCAGAGCAUUUCCUUCUGUGCAUUUACCCAAAGAUCACUUUUGGUAGUUUGUUCUAAAUACUGCAGGGUUUUUGAUGCCGGAGAUUAUUCCUUGUUAUGCUCAGUUCCAAGUGAAAAUGGACAGACUUGGACAGGAGGUGAUUUUGUGUCAGCAGACAAAGUGAUAAUAUGGACUGAAGAUGGACAAAGUUUUAUAUAUAAACUGCCAGCCAGUUGCCUACCAGCUAGCAAAUCAUUUCGCAGUGAUGUUGGAAAAGUUAUUGAAAACCUCAGUCCUCCUGAACUCUACUGUGUUCUAGACCAAGGAGAGCAGAAAGCAGACAAACAGUUAUUAAUCUGCCCUCCUGUCACCCGGUUCUUCUAUGGCCGUAGGGAGUGUUUCCAUAAACUACUAAUCCAGGGGGACUCUUCAGGGAGGCUCACCAUUUGGAGUAUUCCAGAUUCACUUGACAAGCCAGAUAUGACUGAAGGAUUGCCGCUUACUACUUCUACUUCUCUACAAGAAGCAUUUAACAAACUCCACCCAGCUGGUAUUAUAGAUCAGUUGAGUUUCAUACCAAAUAGUGAUGAGCCUUUGAAGGUGACAGCAAGUGUCUACAUCCCAGCACAUGGGCGACUGGUUUGUGGUCGUGAAGAUGGAAGUAUUGUAAUUGUUCCAGCCACUCAGACUGCUAUAGUUCAGCUUUUGCAAGAUGAACAUAUGUGCAGAAGAGGUUGGCCACCUCAUAGAACUCUACGGGGACAUCGAAACAAAGUCACCUGUUUGCUGUAUCCUCACCAGGUCUCCUCUCGUUACGAUCAGAGAUACUUGGUCUCGGGUGGUGUAGAUUUUUCUGUCAUUAUAUGGGACAUCUUUUCUGGAGAAAUGAAACACAUCUUCUGUGUGCAUGGUGGAGAAAUCACUCAACUUUUGGUUCCUCCAGAAAAUUGCAGUUCAAGAGUGCAGCAUUGCGUGUGUUCUGUUGCCAGUGACCACUCAGUGGGACUUCUAAGUUUACGUGAAAAGAAGUGCAUCAUGUUAGCUUCCCGGCAUCUCUUUCCUAUUCAAAACAUAAAAUGGAGACCUUCAGAUGACUACCUCGUUGUUGGUUGUACAGAUGGGUCUGUAUAUGUAUGGCAAAUGGAUACUGGUGCACUUGACCGAUGUGUAAUGGGAAUAACAGCUGUUGAGAUCCUGAAUGCUUGUGAUGAAGCUGUACCGACUGCAGUUGAUUCUCUCAGCCAUCCAGCUGUCAACCUAAAGCAGGCCAUGACCAGACGUAGCCUUGCUGCACUAAAAAACGUGGCCCAUCAGAAACUUCAGACACUUGCUACGAAUCUGUUGGCAUCCGAUUCCUCUGAUAAAGGAAACUUGCCAAAAUAUUCGCACAACUCUCUGAUGGUUCAAGCCCUGAAGACUAACUUAACAGACCCAGAUGUCCAUAUUCUCUUCUUUGAUGUGGAAGCUCUGAUUAUUCAGUUACUAACUGAGGAAGCCUCCAGGCCUAACACAGCCCUUAUUUCCCCUGAGAAUUUACAGAAAGCAUCUGGCAGCUCUGACAAAGGAAGUCCCUUCCUGGCUGGCAAACGAGCCGCAGUUUUGCUUCAGCAGGUCAAAGAAACAAUCAAAGAAAACAUAAAAGAACGUCUUUUUGAUGAAGAUGACGAGGAUGAGGAAGCCAGACAAAGAAGAGAGGACGGUGACCCUGAAUAUCGGUCUAGCAAAUCAAAGCCGUUAACUCUCUUAGAAUAUAACCUAACCAUGGACACAGCCAAGCUGUUUAUGUCAUGCCUUCACGCUUGGGGCUUGAACAAUGUUCUAGAUGAACUUUGCAGUGAGCGUCUGGGGAUGUUACGGCCUCACCGUUCUGUCUCUUUUGGCUUGCUUUCAAGAGGCGGCCACAUGUCUUUGAUGCUCCCAGGGUAUCAUGAGCCUGUAGACACGGUACCCUCUAGUGAUACGGACACAGAAUUUCUCACAGAGCGACACAUCAGGGGUACGUACGGCAUUUCACGUGCAGUAACAACUCAGCACCUCCUCUCCAUCAUCUCCCUGGCAAACACCUUGAUGAGCAUGACCAAUGCAACUUUUAUUGGAGAGCAUAUGAAAAAGGGGCCAGCCAGGCCACCUAGACCAGGGACUCCUGACCUCGGAAGAGUGAAGACUUCUACUCCAAUUGCUAGUCCAACAGCACAAGGACUGAUUAAACAAGUUGCUCCUGCUGUUUCUGCUAGUACUGAAGCUGAUCACUCUGGUUCUGGCCCUGCUCCUCCUUUACAUUCCUGUUUCUUAGUAAAUGAAGGAUGGAGUCAGCUUGCUGCUAUGCAUUGUGUUAUGCUCCCUGACCUGUUGGGCCUGGAUCAAUUUAGACCGCCUCUCCUUGAAAUGUUGGCUCGUAGAUGGCAAGAUCGAUGCUUGGAGGUAAGAGAAGCUGCACAAGCCUUACUGUUAGCAGAGCUGAGGAGAAUUGAACAGGCGGGCAGGAAGGAAGCCAUCGAUAACUGGGCUCCUUAUUUACCUCAGUACAUGGACAGUGUUAUAUCACCUGGAGUGACUGCAGAAACUAUUCAGACCGUUAAUGUUACUCCUGAACAAUCAGGAUCUGAAGUUAAAAUUCAAGAAGAAGAACAUGAUCUGGUUGACGAUGACAUCUCAGCAGGUACUCUGUCUGGACUUCCACAAAUUAAAAAAAUAACUUUGUCAUAUGAAGAGAGACGAAAACAAGCUACCGCUAUUGUUCUACUAGGAGUAAUUGGAGCAGAGUUUGGAGCAGAAAUAGAACCCCCAAAGUUGCUAACUAGACCACGCAGUUCUAGUCAAAUUCCAGAAGGUUUCGGCUCAACAAGUGGCGGAUCCAACUAUUCCUUGGCAAGGCAUACCUGCAAAGCUUUGACCUAUCUUCUACUGCAGCCUCCCAGUCCCAAGCUUCCUCCUCACAGUACCAUUCGGAGAACUGCCAUUGAUCUCAUAGGAAGAGGGUUUACAGUGUGGGAGCCUUAUAUGGACGUGUCUGCUGUGCUGAUGGGCCUUUUGGAACUCUGUGCGGAUGCCGAAAAACAACUUUCAAACAUCAAAAUGGGGCUGCCUCUGAGUCCAGCAGCGGACUCCGCCCGCUCUGCACGACAUGCUCUCUCCCUCAUUGCCACGGCCAGACCACCCGCUUUCAUCACUACUAUUGCCAAGGAGGUACACAGACACACUGCUCUUCAGGCUAAUACACAGUCUCAACAAAAUAUUCAUACCACCACCUUGGCUCGAGCAAAGGGAGAAAUUCUGAGGGUUAUUGAAAUCCUUAUUGAAAAAAUGCCAACAGAUGUUGUGGAUCUCCUUGUAGAGGUAAUGGACAUCAUCAUGUAUUGUCUUGAAGGCUCAUUAGUCAAGAAGAAAGGACUGCAAGAGUGCUUUCCAGCCAUCUGCAGGUUCUACAUGGUCAGCUAUUAUGAGCGGAGUCAUCGAAUAGCAGUUGGAUCUCGCCAUGGAUCAGUGGCCCUCUAUGACAUCCGGACUGGAAAAUGUCAGACAAUUCAUGGCCACAAAGGAGCAAUAACAGCCGUGGCUUUUGCACCUGAUGGUCGGUAUCUUGCCACUUACUCCAACACUGAUAGUCACAUUUCCUUCUGGCAGAUGAACACCUCUCUGUUGGGAAGCAUCGGGAUGCUGAAUUCUGCACCACAGCUCCGUUGUGUUAAAACCUACCAGGUUCCUCCUGUCCAACCUGCAUCUCCAGGUUCACAUAAUGCCCUCAAACUGGUCAGGCUUAUCUGGACUUCAAACCGCAAUCUUAUUCUUAUGGCCCAUGAUGGCAAAGAACAUCGAUUUGUGGUGUAAAGUCAGGCUGUGUGAAAGAACCCCCAGUUCUAAAUACAAAUGUGUUUUGAAAUUUCUUAUAAAUUGAUUCUCCCUCUUUAUGAUCUUAAUAUUCGAGGUAUUAAAUACCCAAAGAUUGUGGACCAGGAUUAGCCAGACAAUAUAUCUUCUGCUUGCUUUUGCAUCAGAGUACCUGCUUAAGCCUGUUGUUCCUUUAGAGCAGUGUUUCUCAAUCUUGGCACCUUUAAGAUGGGUGGACUUCAACCCCCAGAAUUCUCUAGCCAGCAGUCUGGGGAAUUCUGGGAGUUGAAGUCCACACAUCUUAAAGUUGCCAAGGUUGAGAAGCACUGCUUUAGAGAAAUGCAGAUCUAUUCAGCAAUUAGACCAUCUUGCAAGAUUUUUCUCUUCAUCACUAUGAGAAAAAAAAAAAAACAGGAGCUUGAGAAUGUAACUUGGGUCUGGCUAGAUUGGUGAGAAUCUUGAUUCUAUUGACUUUGAACAUUAAAGCUGGUCUGAAUCUCAUCAUUCUUAGAAUGCUAAAAUCCUCAGAGCCUAAAUGAAAAAAAAAAAUCCUUUGAAGUGUUUUGAAAUUUCAUGUUUACCAAAGCUUAUGUGUUUACACUAAAAUUUUUCCAAGUUCCUGGAAGAUCUUGGAGUAAGAAUGUUCUGCUCAUUUCUGAGAUUCUGAUAAGCUCAGGAAAGAUCCACAAGUCCCUUACAUACUCUUUUGGCAUUUUUUACCUGGGAAAAAAAAAGAGGGAGUCAUAUGGCACCUAUAUAUCUAGAAUCUGAGAUGUCUACUAAAGUCACUGGUUAACGGUAUUAAAGGCCCAUUAUAUAUUUCAGGUUUGGAGUUUUGUAAGAAAAUCUAUAGAAAAGAAGAAAUCAUUUUCUUUGUGUAAUUUCUGAUCAAGAUGGAAACAACAGCAUAUUCCCAUUAGUGAAAAGGUGAUUUUCUGUUUCUUAAGUUGGGGAGAAAGAAUACCCCCAGUGAAUUUUUUUUCUUCAGUGAAAAUUUACACAAGAAUACAAAAGAGAUAAUAGGGAUGUUGAUAUUUUCUUUGCUGCUAAUAUAUGUAUCAAUAUCAAUAUCUAUGUAUCUACAAAUGAUCCCUUUCACAGCUUCCUCUUGCAAAGAAAUGAAGACUCUUCAUAUUGACAUCAUCAAAGUCUAUUGUGACAUAAAUAUGUCACUAAUUAUGAUACAGUGAAUUCAUAUCAUUUGGAUUAAUCAGAGGAAAGAGAUUUAAGAGUUAGAAUUAUUUAAUAAAACAUAUCUUUAGUCAUUAUUGCAAGAAAUAUGAAGAAAAGUUAACCUUCGGGUCCAUUUCAAGUGUUAUCCUUAAUCAGAAAAAAAAUCAUAAUAGAUUGAUUAGCAUUCACAUGUCUCCUAUAUCUUAUAUAUUUAUUUUUUCCUGAAAAACUUUGUCUGUCUCCACCUCCCUUCCUUAUAGAGCUGAGGGGGAAAAAUGUAGAAAAUAUUUUAUUGAAAUGCUGGUGUGUUAAACAUACUAUAUGUAUAGUAUACAUGUACUUCUGGACUUGAAUAUGAGAAUACAGAGAAAAUGCUCUUAAUGCUUGCUGAUAAAUUUAGCAAAAAUGGCACCUGUGGAAAAUUUGAUUGUGGAAAUUUAAGGAUGAAGGAUCAAGAAGGACAACUGGAUGCAUUUAUUGGAGCACAGCAUCUGUAUCAUCUCCCCAGAAAUGAAUGUUGUCCAUCAUCUUUGCCUUCCUGGAUAGCACUGAAAUAUUCCUGGUGCUUUGCAUACAUUAAGAUUAUUAUCAAAUAAUUUAGUGAUUUGUUUAAUACUGUAUAUGUAAUAUCAGCCAUAAUUAUCUUGAGAAUUUAAAAACAGUAAGAAAUUGUUCAGAAUGUUUUAUAGCAUUUGUGCUAUUGACUUAUGGUUUGGUGGAGGUAUAUUCAGUUAUAAAUUUUCAGUUUUUGAGGGGAGGCGGUUAAAAAAACAUAUCAUGCGCGCACCGAUACACAAAAAUGUACACCAUUGUUGAAUCCUAUUAUGAUGACGGCAUAAACAGUACAAUGAAUGAUAUUUAGAGAUACCCCCUGUUAGAUAACUUUCCUUUUUAUUAUGUCUAGUUUCCUUUGUUAUCCACACAUUCUUUUUUGACAUUGAUUCCUGCAAUCUAUGGGGUCCCAUUUAUUUGUAUGGAAUGAUGUGUGAGGAAAAAGCAGAUUUAUUAUUGCAAGGUUGGCUAAUAUUUCCUGAAAUAAACAAGACUCUGCAGAGACCAUUUCCCAGCAAUAAGGCAAACUGGAGAGGCAGCCUUCCAAAUUUACCAAGUUAUUUGCAUAAUGCUACUUGUUGCAUCUCAGCAGGAAUGUCCAAUUUCCUGGGAUGUUUGAAUUUCUAGCUGCCAUCAACCCAGAAGCAAAGGGUUAUGGGAGUUAUAGCUAAGUGUUUGCAGUGCACUUGGGGCCUAUUAUCACUGUAGGCCUACUAAGGGCAGAGUCCUAUAUUAUGGUAAUCGGAGGAUUGUCAAUAAAAAAAAUGCACUGCAGUAUUGAGAAGCUUUUGGUUUCGCUUCAAAACACAGUCUAAAAGUUACCUACAACAUGAUAUUAUGAAUUUCUUUACAACAGCCAGUGACCUAGGGAGAAAAGGUAAAUAUAUAAUAUUAUGCAUCAGGAUCUAGACAAAAAAAUGUUACCUAUUACAAGGCAAGUAUGGGGAACCACUAAGUGACUCCCAUUUUGAUAUACUGCAAGCUCUCUGCAUUUAUAACAUGGAGGCCCAGUCUAGAUAUUCCAAACAGACUACACUAUGCUGAAUAAAAGGAGACCAAAUCUUUUCAGUUUUGCUGCACUAUUUAUUUCAGCAGGGCGUAUAGGAGAGUUCUAUGUUUGAGUGGAGAAUGUCCGGUUCCCAGUUUUAUGAUUGGCCCUGUAGCUGUUCCUUUUACUUUACCGUGUCUUGUUCUUCAAAGAAUUUCCAGCAUUUUGAGAUGUGAUGGAAGAACAUAUCCGCCUGCUUUUAUCCACAAGACAUUAUUUGCUGUUGUGAAGGAUCUAAACCUAUUUUGAAUAUUACAAGAGCGUGGGAGGGACGACCUCUUAGAGCUGUGUCUUCUGCAGACCUGUGACGUGAUGCAUUAUGCCUGUUCAAACACAAUCAGAGCGUUUAAGACCAACAGAAAAUCUGACCAAUACAAAGGAGUAAUUUAACAGAAGAAUCAAUAUUUAUGUACUGGUAACUUGAACAAUCCACCUGGCCCGGCACAAAAGCCUUGCAUGGCUCCUUCACUGAAACGAACGGUGCUCUGCUACAGUAGCACUGAGUAGAUUUUUGCCAAGGCUUCUUAAUUCCCCUAAGAUUCCCCAUAUGCAAAUCUGCAUCGGAGAGACUUAACUCAGCCCUCACUGUAAAUUUCAUCAUAGCUUAGAUCUUUCAGCACUGCAGUAAAAUUUGUAUUGUCAUUCCAGUGUAAGCUUUUAGUGUUUUAUUGAUUUGUUUAGUACUGUAUUUGGAUUUGUCCUUCUAAAUGUAGCAACGUGCGUGGCUUCAUUGGCAGUUUACAAGCAAAAGAUGACAUGAUGAGACACCUGUAUGAAAAUGUUGUCACUACUGAAGUCGCAGUCUAUGGUAACUGAUUAAAAUAUCUGCCUCUAAGAAA